AUGGAUUCCGAAUCAGAGCGACCUACAGACACAGUGCAAUGCAACUUACAGCUUCUUGCCCACGACUUGCUCCAUGUCUUAGAACUAACUUCUGCUAUAUCAGCUGGUGACUGGGGAUGGAUUGAGGACAUUCUUGGUAACCUGGCAAUAAUAUUCCGUGGUGCCGGAUCAAAUAACUAUUGCUCUGAGAUUCUACAUUUUCUAUUCAACCUUAAGAAAGUCUGGACGCCAGAAUUCGCGUGUGAAAUCUUGUUCUUGUUCAUUCAUUCCAAGUCUGUCUAA